GUUCUCAAAGAUGCAGGGGCCCAGCUUCGCCUCGGGACAAUUGAGAGACUGUACAACUAUCACAAAGGCUGAGAACGGCCGUCCGAUGCUCGAGGAGGCAACACGAGAGAAGACGUCGGGGUCGAAUGAUCGUUCCGAAAGUUUGAAACAUCAUGAGGAAGGAUCUGGAUUGGUUUUACACUUCGGCUGAGGAUCUACGGUUUCUCACGUUCUAGAUCCCCCUUGAAAGUUUCACGCUUCGUCGAAAAACACUGAGAAGUCCCUAAUAAACCCCAAAGAGAGACAUUAGGUGCCAGCCGUUUGCCAUCGUUCCAUUACCAUGACCAGCACCACCAGCGAGCACAAGGCCGUCUCCUGCCCCCUGAUGGCCAAACCUGCCCGUCAGCGGCUGGUCAGCAAGGACGGCCGGAGCCUGAUGCGCGGCAGUGGCCCGGGCUCCAGAGAGACGUGGUUCGGGGCCCUGCGGGACAUGUGGGGGACGUGGCUGGCUCUGCGGUGGCGUUGGGUGGUGCUGGCGUUCUGCGGCUCCUUCCUGCUCCACUGGCUGCUGUUUGCGGUGUUGUGGUACCUGCUGGCCCGAGUCAACGGAGACCUGGAGGUGCCUGACCACGACUCUCCACCGCCCGGCCACGUGCUGUGUGUCAAACACGUGACGGGCUUCACCGCCGCCUUCUCUUUCGCCCUCGAGACGCAGCUGACCAUCGGCUACGGCACCAUGUACCCGAACGCAGACUGUCCCACCGCCAUAGCACUGCUCGCCCUGCAGAUGCUGCUGGGACUCAUGCUGGAGGCCUUCAUCACCGGUGCAUUUGUGGCUAAAUUCUCCCGACCUCAAAAGCAUUGCUGUGGAAUCCUGUUCAGCCCUCAGGCCGUGGUGUGCGAGGUCAAAGGUCAGCGCUGCCUGAUGUUCCGCGUUUGCAACCUGCUCCCGCGGCCGCUGGUGGACGUGUGCGUGAGCGCCGUUCUCUACGAAGAGCACGACGACCACGAACUCCACCAAACUGCCAUGGAGUUCAGCGUCGACAACCUGGGGUCACGACCCUGCCCUCUUUUCCUCUCCCCUCUGACCUUCUAUCACCCUCUAACUCCAUCCAGCCCUCUAAACAACGCCCCGAGCGCCAAGCGCUUCGAGUUGGUGGUGUUCCUCACCGCUUCUCAGGAGAGCACGGGCUCCGGGUACCAUAAGAGGACCUCCUACCUGCCCGAAGAGAUCCAGUACGGCAGCAGCUUCUCCAAGGUGACCUCUCGGCACGGAAAAGGCCGGAGCGUGCGUUAUUUUGACACACAGCCCUGUCCGCUCACGCUCCCAAACACACACACCGGAGACGCUCUGGAGAAAGAGCACGCCGUGGUUCAGAUCAACGGAGAAGGCAGUGACCGGGUGGAGUAGCAGUGCUUCGUGUUAACGCAAGAAUAAGAAUUCUCCGCUCAAGAAACGGGCAUUUUAUUUCACAACGCAUCCUCCAGUUUAUGACUUUUUUUAUAUCCCAAAAGACAAGCUCGGUUAGUUACGAUCUGAUAUGUGGCCCUGUCCCGUUAGAAACCCAUCAAAAACAUUCUUGCUGCUACAGACACGCCGGUGUUUUCCAGAGCAACACAGAUGAGCGACGGCCGCUUAAGAUCUUGUCGGAAAUAAGAAGAAUCUCCGAUAUUUUAUGACCGUUACUGACCGGUCUUCACCCAUCGAGUUUUGAGCCCUUAUUUAUUUGGCGCCUGGACAUUUUCAUUGCGUUACCCGUCUGCAUCAGAAGUCAGAAGAGCCCUUUUUUCAAAAUAUAAAUUAUUAAAGCGUUACACGCAGAGCUGGAAAAAUUACUUUUUUUUUUUACUACGGAUUACAUGAUGGCAACGGUAGUUUGUAGAGUAAUCUAUCGGAUUACGUAAUGUAUUCUAACCGCUUUUUGAUAAAUGUAUAAAAGCAGUAUUAUAUAAAGGAAAAGGUAUAGUUCAACUGAAAAUGAAAGAAGGUGGAUGUUCAUUUAUUAAUAUAGAGCACUUCAGCGAUGACAUAUUUUUGUAGACCUGGUUGCUUUUGAUCAAAAUCCAGUAGCUCAAUAAUUUACCGGCGUUUCAGUUUUUUUUUAAUCAUUGCAUAAACUGGCAAAUUUUAUUACGGUAAUGCUUUACAGGUGUGAUUUUUUAACAUUGGUUAAUACACGAACGAACAAUGAACAAUUGCAGUAUUCAUUCGACGUUAGUUCAUAAAAACGCAUCUAUUCAUAGUCGACGUUAGCUCACGGUGCAUUAUCUAAUGUUAAUUGUGCUUUUAAUAAUGCAUUAGUAAAAGCUGAAAUUAGCAUUAAGUAAGAUUUAUAAAUGUUGUAAAAGUAGGCAAUUGGUUCGUGUUAGCUAAUGUUGUUAACUAACGGACCUUACUGUAUUACCUCCAUUAUUCUUAAAUGUAAAAAGUCGAAAGCUACACAUGGGCUAUAAAUAAGCUACACCACGGUCGCAUGACUUUUAAGUCACCACCAUUGAGCUUACCGCAACUCUUUCAGUGUUUAUUUAUAACUAUAAUAUUUUCCCUGAAAGCUUGCAAUAACGUGACUAUAAACAAAAAAGGGGCUGUAAAAGCAGACUAGAAGUUUGGCACAAUGACGUUUAAUGUUGUGAUCAGCCUCUGCGGUCCCAUUUAGACACUCGAUAGCACCCUACUUUUUAAAGAUAAGCGAAGGAUUGAAAAACAGGUAACACUGGUGGAUUUUUUACGUUGUGGAGUAAAAUAUCUCGAGCCACUUUGGCCUACAAAAAUACGUCAUCCCUGCAGCACACUUAUUAUUCAAUACUCAGUGGAAAUAAAAUGGCCUUUUUCGUGUUUGGUUGAAUUAUACCUCUAAAGUGUUCAUUAACCCCCCUAUUAAGUGUCUACUGACAAGCUUUCUUUCUCUUUUUUUUCUUUGUGGCCAAAGUCGUGAAAUGGACUUUCGGAUGAAGAGCUCGAAUUCAUGAACAUGAACAGUGCUGUAAAUAAUAUAGUGUAUGGAUAAAUAAAUAGAUUAUUUACUAGAUUAUUU